AUGAAACAACCUCCCACAUCCUCGCCAACACGGGCGCCGCGAGUAACCGUUACAAUAAAGAGACCGGUGGACUCUAACAACAGCUGUUUGGCUGCCAGGAGUUUGCACUAUGUGAGCUGGGUGGUGGACUCUGACUCCAUACCUUCAUCACAUCCUCCAUCAUCAUCAUCAUCACCACCCACCACCAGCCAUCACCAGCCAACAUACUCACUCUCAGAAAAAGAGGAAUUUUCCAGUGUAGCACCUGAAGAGGACAGUGGAGAGUCCCUCUCUCUUGGAGAUGACACAAAGGAUGAGGAAGACGAGGAUGUUAAUUGCAGUGCCAUGAGUAUUAACGACAAAGACGACAGCGAUGAUGAAAGAUGCACUGAGGGUCAAAGUUCACCUUUAUCAGGGUGCAGCCCAAGCCAGAGGCCAAACUCAGAGUCAGAACCAGAACCAGAACCAGAACCAGACCUGCAACCCAGAAACAGUUCUGUCAUCUCCCGAAAGAGGCGAGUGGGCCUUAGGCGAAAAAUAUGCUCCUCUCCUCCACCAUGUGUGACCAUCACUCCCUCCACUCCAGCCUCCGUGGAACUCCCCACCAUUACCUCAGACACCUCCUACCUGACUCCCCCUUCCCCCACCCCUGUAGUCCUGGCUGGAGAGUGCGACAGCAACCAGGUCUCCUCUGCGCAGACCGAGCCUUCUGUGGGAGAUGGUGGAUCAUCCAUCCCUUGCCCUGGUUCUCAGGACCCUUUCAACCCGACCUGUCCACAGAGCCAGCCCCGCUGUGUGUCCCUGCCUGCAGGCCUGAGUCGGCUGCUGAGUGGAGCUCUCUCGCCGCUUGGGACUAAGCCACGCGGUGUUACAAACACACCUCUGCCUUCAGCCAGGGACCACAGUGUUUCACCCGAACGACCGCAUUCAGCAUCAUGUAAGGAAAGUGGCACUAAUGACAAAAAAAACAACACUGAACCUCUCUGGAGCACCACUGAUUUGGACCAGGAGAAUGCUCACUUUGUGGUGGUGGACAUGGUACUGGAGAUAAUAGAAGAGGUAAAGUGGUCAGUGUGUCGUCUCCAGUGUCCCAGCAUGCCGUGCAGCGCUGAGGGACUGGCCCAGUGUCUGGUGUCAGAGAUUAGGAAGCAGUGGUUUCCCACAGAGGAACAGCCCUGUAACCAUGACAACUUGAGCACUGCGCUGCAGGAAGUAAGACUCCCAACAGACACCAUCUCCAUGGUAAUGGCGGAUGGCGUCAGUCUGAAAGAAGCGAUCAAGCAGAGGAGCAGAAUGAGAGGAACCCUCACCUGGGCCCCACCCCGAUUCCAAAUCAUAUUCACCGUCCAUCCAUCACAAAGGCGUAGUGAGGUGGUAUCUUCCCAGCACUUUCUGUGUGCUGGCUGUGGAACGGAGAUAGAGCCACGCUACAUAAAGAGACUGCGUUACUGUAACUACCUGGGAAAGUACUUCUGUGACAGCUGUCACGGCGGGCUGGAGUCCAUGAUCCCAGGGCGGAUUCUCACACGCUGGGAUUUCAGACGUUACCGCGUGUGUCACUUUUCCCGCCAGUUACUGGACUCCAUCUGGGAGGAGCCGCUGUUUAAACUGACCAGCGUGGCUAAGAACCUGUACAGUCAGGCCCGGGAGCUGGAGCAAUUCAGAGAUCUACAGGAGCAGCUCAUUAGCAUAAAGAAACUUCUGGAAAAAUGCAGAUUCUCCCAUGAGGUCCUGAGUGAAUUCCAGCAACUUCCUGAUCACCUGACGCAGGAGCUCCACCUGUUCUCUAUGGACGACCUUGUUAGGGUUAAACGGGGUCAUUUGGUUCCCAUAGCAAAGGCGCUUGUCCGCUCAGGCACCGCUCACGUAGAAAACUGUGAGCUGUGCCAGGCGAGAGGCUUCAUCUGCGAGUUCUGUCGCAGGAAGGAAGUACUCUUCCCUUUCCAGAGAGACACCUGCACACGCUGCACAGAUUGCAAGGCCUGUUUCCAUAUCUCGUGCUUCAAAAACAAAUUGUGUCCCAAAUGCGCUCGCAUUCGCUCCCGUCGGGAACAGCGACUGAACACCUCCGCGGCGCCUCCUUCAUCUUGA